AUGCCAGAGUUGAAGUUGUACUAUUUCAAUGGGGGUAACAGAGUUCUUGUUUCUCGACUAAUUUUGGCAGCAGCCGGUGUUGACUACGAGUUUAUACAAGUUACGAGAGAUACGUGGCCGGAGCAAAAAUCCACCUUCCCAUUCGGACAGUUGCCUGCGCUGUCAGUGGACGGGAAACGUUUUGGCCAGAGUAUAGCUAUCCAGGCAUAUCUUGCCAGGGAGUAUGGUCUCUACGGCUCAAACAAUAUUCAGCGACUGGAGAUCGAUCAGCUGGUCCAGUUAAGAGAAGAUUUCUCAAGAGAGUCCCAUCUUGGACCACGUGACAGGGAUCCAGAAAAAAAGGCUGAGAGAGAAAAACAUUUAAGUGAAAAUGUCUACCCCCUUUACUUGGGCUACUUCAGAAAAUUUCUCCUGGAAAAUGGCACAGGAUUUGCCGUUGGUGACCAACUGAGCUUGGCAGAUCUUGUCCUAUAUGAAGCAACAUCAUCGCUGGUCAGGCGAAAUGCUGAACUGCUGCAGAAAUAUCCUGAGAUUCUAGCUCACCGAGAGAAGGUUGAGGAGCUGCCGAGAAUCAGGGAAUUCCUUGCGACAAGCGGGGAAACAGCACGGGUUUGA